CCUGCACAGCACACGCAGCGUGUACUUGUAAAGUUGUUCUUGUGCAGUGUACAUGCGAUGUGCUCCCCGUAUAGAGUUACCAGUGAAUAUGAGUGAUUUACCUUUACAGUGAGUGUUAGUUGUACAUAUGGAAUCAGUGUAAGUGAUUUAACGGUGACGAAAAUGGAGGUAACGGAGACGACGGAGGAAAUAAACUUGACACCUCAAGAGUUGCAAGUUCUCUCGGAACUUGACAGCCGCAAGUUUGGGUUCGUCAAGCUCAACGAUCCGGCCAACAGCAAGAAGCGGGCGCUGGUGCUGAAGGCGGUGCGCUACCUCGAGUCUCUUAUUAUCCACGCCAAUAACAACAGAAACAACAACAACAACAACAAUAAUAAUAAUAACAACAAUAAUGAAGGCAACACGGAGAUCGACUCCAAAAGGUGUUCUCUUUCCCCUUCCGAUAUCAUUAAGACGGAGCCGGACCUCUCCACCACGACCACUACCACCACCACCUCCUCCGGCAACCCUCCCUCGGAUACCACUCUGUUGGAUGCCAUCUCACAGGAAGGUGACGAUGACACCAACAAGAACAAUGCCUCCUCCACCACUCACAAUACCAGUGAGGCAAAUAUCAGUAUCGAACCAAGGACCUACUGCAAGCUUGGCCACCUACACCUUCUCCUGGAGGACUAUCCUAAAGCUUACAAGACCUCUCCCAUGGCCAUUGUACCCAGCUUACAAGACCUCUCCCAUGGCCAUGGUACCCAGCUUACAAGAUCUCUCCCAUGGCCAUGGUACCCAGCUUACAAGACCUCUCCCAUGGCCAUGGUACCCAGCUUACAAGGCUUCCCCAUGUCCUGGUACCCGUCAACGCUGCUGAUGGAUGCUCGCUCAACUUAA